CCGCAGAUCAUCAUCGCACCAGUCGAUGGUCCUUUUAACUGCAUUGUUGGGGGAAGAAGCGACGCCCCGCUCUGAGGAUCAAACAGCCCCCCAUCCCCUGUGAUCGGCCCGACCCCCAGUUCUGUUUUCAUGGAAAUCAGACCCAGCCUCCGGACCGCACUUUCUGCAGACAUGCGAAGUUGAAGGCGCAUUCCCAGCCGGGACAACUGAACUCGCGAUGUUGGCGUGUCGGAGAAGCUGAUUCUUUCAUUCUGUCCCUCCACCCCUUUACCCCCAGGAAUCUAUUUUCCUCCUGAUUUCGUCUUGUUCGCUCCCGUUACUUUUUGACUUCACUCCAACAUGCUGCACCUGACGAGCCGCUUUGUUUUCUGCGCGCUCCUCGCCUCCGUUUACGCGUCGUGCCCUCCGCGCUGCGAGUGCUCGGAAGCGGCGCAAACCGUCAAGUGCGUCUCCAAAGACCUGAGGAGUAUCCCGACCGGGAUCCCGGGAUACACCAGGAAUCUCUUCAUAACUGGGAAUCAGAUCAGCCGAAUCGGUCCGGAGUCUUUCAGAGGUCUGGAUAAUGUGACCAACCUCUCCCUGAGCAACAACAGAAUUUCAGAGAUGGAAUUCCACACCUUCUCUGGACUUCUCCGCCUUCGCUCUCUGGAUCUGAGCAACAACCAGCUGACCGUCAUUCACCCCGAAGCCUUCAGCAACAUCAGCCAGUCCCUGCGAGAGCUCAACCUCAGUCGAGCCCUCUACAACUACUCGUCGGUGAUGGACCUGGCUGCCUCCCUCCAGAGGAUCUCCAUUGCGAACCUACAGGUCCUGGACUUGUCUGACAACAGCCUCAUCUACCUGCCCUCACGCACCUUCUCCCGCAUGUACGGCCUGCGCCGGCUCCAGCUCUCCAACAACUCUCUGGUGGCUAUCCGCAGCCUCGCCCUCUCAGGUUUGGAGAGCCUGGAGGAGCUUGACCUCACACUCAAUGCCCUCAAGACCUUCACUGACGAAGGCUUGCAAGAGUUGGACUCCCUUCCCCGAGCCUCUCUGCUUCUGGGGAAGAACCCGUUCACAUGCACCUGCGGCAUUGAACCCUUUGCGCAAUGGCUCAACAGAUCCCAGGAUCGCGUUAGGGAUGCUGAGGGCCUCCUGUGCGCCUUCCCUCCCAGCAUGAGGAACACAUCCAUUCUUGCAGUGGGCAUGCUGACUCUGGAAUGCCAGCAGAGGGACGUGGGGGCAGAUCUCGCUUUGCAGACCUCUUAUGUCUUCUUGGGAAUCGUUCUGGGCUUUAUAGGCCUCAUUUUCCUCUUAGUACUUUACCUCAACCGCAAGGGAAUCAAGAAGCGUGUGUAUGACAUGCGGGACGCCUGCAGGGAGGUCUGGGAGGGCUACCACUACCGCUUCGAGAUAGACUCCGACCCCAGGUUAUCACAAGUCUCCACAAGCGCUGACGCAUGAGAGGACAAUCGCUGCGCUGCAUCCGCAAGAAACUCUUUCUCCUAAUUCGUUUAUCAGUUGCAGAAUGUAAAAAAAUAAUAAUAAUGUACAGACGUGCCUGUAAAUAUAUCUUAAAACAACACUUUGAUUGAAGCAUGCACUCAUCUGUCAAAUGGAGAUGUUUGACACUUUCAAGAAGCAAAAGUAAGUGCCUGAAGUGAGCUCAGUAUUGUUUUUUUUUUAAUUUGUGAAUCAAACAGAUCUCAUGGAAAAGGAAGGGAAGGGGGAGGCGGGAGUAACAGAACUGCAAUAAAAUUCUGACACUAUGAAAACAAACCUUUGGGAAUUUAAAGCACAAUCACUCAUUCAUCUUUGAUCCCUUUGAAGCCCUUUGGUCCCUCCGGCCUCUUGCCCCAGGGUGCCAGAGAGGAAUUAAGCCACCAAAAGCUUUUUCUCCCCCCCCACCCCCCAAAGCUCCUCUUAAAAUCACCACUCUGCCCCUCUUUGGCUGUUGGAUUAGAAGUGGAGAAGACAAUUCAGCACAGGCCAGCGGAAAUCUCCCUGCCCCUUCCCUCCCUCCUUCCCCCUUUCUCUUUUUCGUGAAACUUUGCUUUGUUUCAACUCCUUGAGUUUUAUUGUCAAAAUGAUGAGAACCAGCCCCAAACUGAAGCCGCUGAAAGUAACCCCCCCCCCCCCACUCCUCUUUCUUCCCCUCCUCCUUAAAGACAACAGCCCUCACUCUGGAGGCGCUUUGAAGGAAAAAAAAGAAGAAGAAAAAAAGGUCUGGCUCUCCACGUUUUUCUGUUUAAGGGGCUUUUCCUCCCUGCAAUGAUAAGAUACAGAUGAUUCUGAAACACCAGCCACAUUGUUUCAUUCACAAGGUCUUUUCAAGCGGCUUGGUGAAGACAGAGCUAUAUGUGCUUUAAAGG